AUGCAAAUACCAGCCCCGGAUCAGCUGGCCACACGGAUUACAGAAGCGCCUGGGAUACUUUUUGAGCCACUCGUGAUCCUUGCCUUUGCAGCCAAAUCCGUGGAAGAGGCAACCCUGACACAUAUCGAACUCGGCAUCGUUGCAUUUCUUGUAGUGGAUAUAGGGCCCAAGGAUAGGAUCAUCACAGAUGUCGCAUUUGAGGCCGACGUCCAGCAGUGGCCAUUCUUUGAAGUGCUCUCCAUUUUAUUUGACAUUAUCGUCCGCAGAAAUGAAAAUGAAUCGAGAAGCGGUGCGCAGAUAACUAGUGGUUGA